AGAUAUAGACACAUUCUUAUAAAGAAAAUACAUGUUCACUUCUUCUCUCCUUCCUAGCCCUUUCCUCCUAUCAAACCAAACCACUCUCAUUCAUCAACUCCUUCUUAACUCUCUCUUUUCUUCCUCUUGAAUCAAAGUCCCAAAAUUUUUCACUUUUUUUUCUUCCAGCUAGAAAAAAAAACUUUAUUCUAGAAGGUUGAACUUAAGACAUGGGUUUGAGUUCUAAACAAGUUUCUAGUAGAGAUGUUGAUUGGAACCAAACCUUGUUACAAGAUCAAACCUUAGAACUACCAAAAGCUUCACCUAUGAGAAAACAACAACAUCAACAACAACAAAAUCAUCAACAUCAACUAGAAGUUGUGAAUUGUCCAAGAUGUGAUUCUACAAACACCAAAUUUUGUUACUACAACAAUUACAACAAGUCUCAACCUCGUCAUUUCUGUAGAGCUUGUAAGAGACAUUGGACUAAAGGUGGAACUCUAAGAAAUGUUCCUGUUGGUGGUGUUAGAAAGAACAAAAGAGUAAAAAAAUCAACUACUAUUAGCACCUCCUCAAAAACUACUAUUAGCACCUCCUCAAAAACUACUAUUACCACCCCCACCACCACCACCUCCACCUCCGAUACCAAAACCACACCUUCUAUGUAUGAACCUCUCAUUCAUCCACCAUCUUUUUUUCCAUCUCAGAAUCUGAUGAAUACUAGAGAUUCAUCACAAGGUAAUAAUGAAGAGUUUGGUAUUGGUAAUGGUAUCUUUCUAAGUUCAUCUAUGGAUUUACCUCAAAACCAAAGCCUCAUAUUCCCAUUCUCAAACUCAAGCUCUUUGAGAUCAUCCAAUGCAUAUAACUAUGGUGAAGAGAUAAAAGCCAUGGAAGAUUCAUCUCUUAACAACACUGUAAUGCCAAGUACUAGUGGAGCUGAUGCCGGUGCUGGUGCUAUUACACAGCCAUGGGAGAAUAUUCCAGCAACAGGAAAUAGUGGCAUGGAAAUGUCAAACUAUUGGAGUUGGGAGGAUAUUGAUUCUUUGGUCUCUACUGAUCUUAAUGUUCCUUGGGAUGACUCUGAUAUCAAACCCUAAUAAUAUCCUGAUACCAGUGUUUUAAAAACCGAACCAGACAGUUUCAUUCUGAAUCUGAGAGUUCAAAUUUUAGUGUUUGUUAACACAUGGUAGUUUAGUUUCCAAUGUCUAUAGAAUAGUGUUAUUUAAUUGGGGUGUUUUUUUGUGUUUGAUACAUAUAUUAGUAAGUGUUCUUGUUUUCAGAUGGAACAUAUUAUGGACUGGUGUAUGAGUAUCUACUGCACCUGUAUUUUUCUUAUGAAGUAUUUGAAGCUGACUUAUUUUAGUUUCAGCCUCAGAUUCAAGUAAGAAGUCUAAUUAAUUAAUGUAAUCCAAUGUGUUUAGAUGUUCUUUUCUCUUUCAUUUCAUAUGAUAAAUUGGUGUGAGACUCAUGAUUGAAUAAGGCAUGAUCCUGUAUGAUCAUAUCAUGUCUGUUGCUGUUGUCAAAUAUUGACACGAGUUAGACUCUAAACACAUUUUUAAUAUGAAGUGUAGGUAUUGAUUAAAACAUAAUUUUUUUGAGUUUCAACUCAAUGCGCACCAUUGGACUACUCUUUAUAGGGUGUGAUAUGGACAAAACACGUGUCAGACAUCAAACACGAUUUGGUCAGGUAAUAUUCAACUUGAUCAACGGUGGGAACAUAGAUUA